AUGGUGAAUAAGGUGUAUAAAAUAAAUACAAACAAAAACAACAAUGGGAGUAAACAUAACCAAGUGUUGAUGUCUAUAGUUGUAUGUAUGCCGAUUUUGGCGUACGGAACCGCUAUGGGCUGGAUAUCUCCCAACAAAGCUCUCCUCAUGGGAGAUCUGAGUCCUUCAGACAAACCCUCAUCGGAAGAGGAGGUAUCGUGGAUGGCAUCAAUCAUGUUCAUAUUUGCCCCCAUAGCCGUCUUCAUUUAUGGGGUAGCGGCUGAUAAAUUUGGGAGGAAAAAUGCACUUUUAUGUGCCUCUAUUCCUAUUGCUAUCGGGUGGGCUGUCAAGUUAAUAUGUGCUCAUCCUAUAGCCCUGAUUGGAGCCAGGGCCCUCAUUGGCUUCGGAUCAGGUGGUGGAUUUGUUGUUUGCCCUUUGUAUGUCAAGGAAAUCAGCGAGGACAGCAUCCGAGGAAUGACGGGCACUUUUAUCAUAUUUUCUCAGACAAUGGGCAAUCUACUUGUGUUUGUUCUGGGCGAUUUGCUGCCAUUUAACGCUGUUCUAUGGAUUCUGUUGGCUAUACCUCUAUUACAUUUCUGCAUAAUGCUCCGACUGCCGGAAACCCCAUCGUAUCUGAUCAAGUGUGGAAAAAAUCAGGAAACUGCUAGAGUUCUGGCAUGGUUGAGAUCAUUGCCGGAAGACGACAAGUCAGUUAUGGAGGAAGUGGACCGCCUUGUUUUAGAAAGGACAACCACCGAACCCAAGUUUUCGCCAAAAUUGCUUUUCUCCGACAAGACAACAGUGAAGGCAUUCUGGGUGGCGCUGAUAGUGAACCUGACGAGGGAAUUCUGCGGCUGCAUUGCUGUAUUGGUCUACGCAAGUCAUAUAUUUGCAGAAGCCGGCAAGGACCCCAGCAGUAGUAUUGCUUUAUCGCCAAAUAAACAAUCAAUUCUGCUCGCAGCCGUCCAAAUAAUAGGAUCGUUUUUGGCCUGUCAAUUAGUGGAUAGAACUGGAAGGAAGCCUCUCCUGUCCCUGUCGAGCAUAUUAGCAGCAGUAAGCAUGUGUCUACUAGGCAUAUGGUUCUACCUGCAAAGUAUAGAAAAAUAUCUGCCAGGUUGGGUGCCAAUCGUAGCACUAUGUUUAUGCAUAUUCGCAGACGCGACUGCACUACAACCACUGCCAUUCGUUAUUAUGACUGAGAUGUUCAACUUUCAGCUCCGCGGUACUGUAGCAACUCUCAUCAUGGCGAUAUCGUUGGGCACCGACUUUGCUCUCCUCAAACUGUUCGCACCGCUUAACAACUGGAUUGGCUACCAUUCCACAUUCUGGAUAUUCAGCUUUAUAUGUCUGGCAAAUGUCUUCUACCUCUUCUUCAAAGUUCCAGAGACAAAAAUGAGGAGCUUAGAGGAUAUCUAUGCCGACUUGGAGGGAAGAAAUAAAAAGGAACCCAAAGAAAAUGUCGAGAAUCAUGUUUGAUAUGCUAGUAUAUAAGUAGGUAAAUAAAUUUCUACAAAGGAUCUAUUUCAUAUAUCUAUAUUUUUUUAUACAUAUAUGAAGGAAAUCGGUUUAGAUACAUAAAUUAUGUUAAUUAGAUAGAUACAUAUACGACCGUAGUGAAAUAUUACCUAAAUAGAACCAGGUCAACACGAACUAAUUUUAUGGCAAAUAGUAAAGGUAUUUACCUCUCUCGAUAUUUCGACUAGUUCAUGUUAAGACACAGUUAAUAAUAUAAAUAAAGUAAACACGAAAGAACCUAAACCUA